AUGUCGAGAUCCUCGAGCUCUGUUGACAAGCAAUGGGCGAAGAAGUAUAUUCUCGACCCGUUGACUGCUCCUGAACCCAGUCAGGAGUGCGGACCAGGAAGCUCUUUUGCUAGCCCUACAGGUCGCUCCCUAUCCGUCAAAACAUCAAAGGACGAGAAAAAGCGCAGGAAGGAUAUAACCUCGGCGUACCCAUCGCCCCCAGCUUCGUCGAGUCCCACUCGCUCAGGCUUUCGAUCCCCGCAAAGCCCUGCUUCUGGAAUUAAUUCACGUUCCUCGCCGGUGCCAGCCAACGACCUAGACCGUGGUAGCAGCAGAAGACCGGCCUUUGGCAGGAGCAGCAGCUCCAACUACGUUUCGAGGCCCAGGGAGUAUCCGCCUAGUGCAACCAUCGGCCGCAGUCUGUCUCAGUCUGUCCGUCGCCCGCCUGCUAGUCACCAGAACCAUCAAGGGGUCUUUCACGAUCGCAGCACAAGCAACAAUCUCGACAAAGGCAAAGGCCUCACCCGUUCAAACUCGCUGAGUCAACGGUAUCCCGGAGACAUGUCCCACCGCCCUCUAGAUAUCAUCAAGCGGGAUGUGCGCGCGGCUGACCGCGCUCCUCAUCUGCGCAAGUCGGGCAUGCCACGCACAGACAUCAUCGACAACUUGGACACCAUCGGCGGUACCUACCAUCAUGGCGGGCCGUUCGAUGCGACGUUAGCUGCCAGGAACACUAACAAAAUGUACGCGCCUGUCGAGGCUGUCAAGGACUCAAAUAUGGAAGCAAUCAGGGCUACGCCUCGCGAGUUCGUGCAAGACUCGCUCCAGAGACAUGUUCCACUGCAAGGCACAUCUCAAGUGCCUCCUGGUGCUACCGACUUUUCUGGGAACGUCAUGGAUUAUGAGGAAGGAGCCGAUCUCAUGCGCGAACGGGAUGCAGCCGGUGGCGCUUAUAAGAGAUGGGAUGGCAUUCCUUAUCACCCUAACGACCUGAAAGGCAAGGGGGAGCCCUCGUACACAAUCGAGCGCGAGCAUAAAGAACAGAAGGCUCGUAUGCGCAGAAACACGGCAGCCGGAGAGAAUGGCAACGGCAGUUCCGUUAUGGAGAUGCAGCCACGCCAGAGCCCGUACAGCAGCGGUACCAGUCGCAAGGACCUAGGUGCCCAGGUUAGACAGCGAAGCAUCAGCAGUGCUGCCGACGGAGGUGGGCAGCAAGGAGCGUCCUCAUCAAGGGCUGACAACCCCUUUGACGACUCCAUGGCCAUGAACACAUCUACAGACAACGGCCUUCGCCGUAGCAAUACCACCGGCAACCGGCUAAAGGAUGGGCUCAAGCGACGCUUCGGGAGCUUGAGGCGCAAGAAGAACACGACAGAUGGUGAUUACUAUUAA